AGGCGUUUCAGUUGUUUCCAUCGUUAUGGGGCCAGAUCUUCAUGCACAAAUCUGCGAUGCAGAUGCACAAUCGCGACCCCCACCGCACCGAGGUGAAGCCUCACCAGUGUCAGCAAUGCCUCAAGUCGUUCAGCUCGAACCAUCAGUUGGUUCAACACAUCAGGGUUCACACAGGAGAAAAACCCUACAAAUGUUCAUACUGCGACAGGCGGUUCAAGCAGCUGUCGCAUGUGCAACAACACACCCGCCUGCAUACCGGUGAACGUCCCUACAAGUGCCACCUGCCAGACUGCGGUAGAGCCUUCAUUCAGUUAUCCAACCUUCAGCAACAUCUCCGCAACCACGACGCGCAACUCGAGCGCAUGAAGAACAGGCCUUUCCACUGCAACAUUUGUGGCAAAGGCUUCGCUACUGAGAGCUCACUGCGCACACACACUUCUAAGAUGUGUCGUACGCAGCACACUGCCCUGGUUGGAGGUCCCAAUGCAGUCAACUGCCCUCAGUGUCAGAAACUCUUUAUGAAUGGAGAACAGCUCAUGGAACAUAUGAAGUUCACCCAUAGGGACCCCAAUGCCUCUGGCGUCGCAGCCAAGCGUCGUACGGCCUCUCACUCGUGCCCGGUGUGUGGCAAGCACUACGUCAACGAAGGCAGUUUGCGAAAACAUCUUGCAUGUCAUCCUGAGACGUCGCAGUUCACAUCGUCGCUACGCAUGUGGCCGUGCUCAGUCUGUCACGCUGUCUUUACCCACGAAUCUGGUCUGCUGAACCAUAUGGAGCACAUGCGCAUGGAUCCCAAGCAUCAGUUCGCUGCCCAGUACGUGCUGUCGCGCGCAGCCGCUGAGCGCAGAGAACGAGAGAGCUUGCUCGGCCUCGCACAAGUUGGACUUCAAGGAGGAGGAAACCACAUGGGGAUGGGUAUGGGCAUGGGAAUGGGCAUGGGUAUGGGCAUGGGCAUGGGAAUGGGUAUGGGCAUGCCGCAUCAGAUGCAACAUCAAGCCCAACACCAGAACCCUGUCUCUCACAUGGCAAUGGCAGCCUCACCCCCACAGAGCGACGCCUCGUCCCGCAUGUCAACCCCUGCUGAAAAGCUCGACAUCGGCCUAGGCCGCAUGCCAUCUCCGACUGACGCUCUUCGGUCCAUCUCCUCGCAUCAUGAUGUUAUGAACCACAUGCGACCACACGGAGGAGACAACAUGCGAGCCAUGAUCAGCCAGAGUCAGGCUGAACUGGUUAAAUCCACUCUUACGUCUCAAGCAGAAACAAUUCGGUCAGUCAUGGCCUCACAAGCCGAGGCAAUCCGGUCCCUUACCAACCAGCACCACCAUCAGGGUUCGCACAACGGACAACAACAACAUCAGCAACAGCAGCCGCAACAGCAACAACCACCACCCCAACAACAACCGCAAUCCCAACCAUCGUCGCAUCAACAGCAGCAACAACCACAACAACAAUCUCAGCCAAAUGGUCAUCAACAGCCACCUGAACCGCUUGCAUCACCUCAACCUGACUUGCGGGACCUGAGGUUGUCUAACUCCAACGGCGGGCCAAUAAUUGAUGGUUCUUUGAGGAACCCUCAGUCGGAAGCUCUACGACUGUCAAAUCCCGACGUUCGCCCUCCUUCCCACCAAAGCGAUCUCGGUGAAGCUCUUCGUCUGCAGGAGGCGCGUAUGGAGCAGGCCCUGCGUCUGCACGGAGACCCGCGGUCCUUAUCAUCCUCCUUACCAGGUCCUCUUGGCUUCUCCCUGGCUCCUCCGCAGCACCAGCCACAGCAGCAGAGUGCCUAGGAUUACGCCCACGACUAUGAGCAGCUUUCUUAGUCGUCUGUUAGAUAACCCAAGUAACGGCAUUACAAUAUAAACAAUUUAAACAUUCCGAUUGCGAGAUAACGGUCAUUCAUCUUAAUACCUGUUCAGGCUCUGGUAGUUCCCAUUAAAUAUAAUAACUCGCAUACGUAUUCCCGACCAUGUGCAUGAGCAGUUUAGAUUUUCCUGGUACCUCUAGACUUGACAACAAAUUUAAACAAAACGCAGAAAUUCCACACUCGAUUUUUUUGUCCUUCACGGGAAGGCAAAAUAAAAGACUCGGGUCACAGUUGUAAAUAUUUUCUGUGAUAAAAAGUGGAUGUUCUUGGAUUUGGUUGUGAAAAAAAAAAUGAAGAGCCACCAUCAUCAUGAUUCCGAAGUACACUUGCUACAUGCGGAUAUAUAAGUGUUAGUGCAAUUGUGUUGAACUGGUUGUUUUGUUAAGUGAAAAAACGAACAAAAAUCGGAAAAGAAUGGACUUAAUGUUAACCUGUACAGUUUGUAUUGAUACAUUUGAAUAAGUACGGAUCAAAUAAUAGCGCAAAGCAACGUAUGUUUUAAGAAAAUUCACCAGCAUGUAUUUUUACUGUCUCAUCUCAAAAUUGUGUUUCAUUUGCAUGUUAAUUAAAGUAAAAAAUCAAGCUUG